CUGCUCUUUUUCACACGCAAAGUCAUCCCUCUCUCCCUGUCCCAAAGCCCACUGACACAGAGUAGAAAAGAAAGAAGAAAAAAAGCCUUUUUUCAGCACAUCUUUUGCCAUCUCUAGACCUCUCUGUGAUCUUCUUUAUAUUCAGUGCCGCAGCAAGAGACCAACCCACUUCGGACUCGAAACAAGAAACCAACUUGCUCUCGCUUCCGUGUUGCAUCUCGAGCAGAAGAUGAGUCGCCAAGAAGAAGAAGCUCCAGAGAGAGCAAAGGGCGGCCUCAUCACCAUGCCCUUCAUCAUAGCAAACGAAGCGUUUGAGAAGGUGGCGAGCUAUGGGCUCUUGCCCAACAUGAUACUCUACUUGAUGGGGGACUACCAUUUCGGCGUGGCCAAAGGGACGAACUUGAUCUUCUUCUGGUCAGCUGCUACAAAUUUCAUGCCGCUUCUUGGGGCUUUCCUUGCCGAUUUUUAUCUGGGUCGAUUCCUCACCAUUGCUUUGGGCUCCAUCUCGAGCCUCUCGGGAAUGACACUAUUGUGGUUAACAGCAAUGAUACCACGGGCAAGGCCUCCUCCUUGCGACCCAUCCACAAACACCUGCGAAUCCUCGAGCACACCCCAAAUGAUCCUUCUGAUCUCAGCCUUCGCCCUCAUAUCCAUCGGAGCCGGAGGGAUCCGACCCUGUUCAUUAGCAUUUGGUGCUGAUCAAAUAGACAGAAGAGAAAACCCGAACAAUAAGAGGGUCCUAGAGAGUUACUUCAAUUGGUACUAUGCCUCAGCCUUUCUUUCCGUCCUUGUGGCCUUGACGGGCAUAGUUUAUACACAAGAUCACUUGGGGUGGAAGGUCGGGUUCGGGAUUCCCGCUAUUCUCAUGUUCUUCUCGGCGUUCUUGUUCAUUCUCGCUUCGCCUUUUUACAUUAAGCAGAAAGCGAACAAGAGCUUGUUCACUGGGUUUCCGCAAGCAAUCGUUGUUGCCUACAAGAACAGGAAACUCAAUUUCCCGAGCCAGGAAUUAGAUGGCUUUCAUUGCUACCAUCAGAAGAAGGGUUCGGAGUCUGUCCUGCCAACCAAUAAACUAAGGUUUUUGAACAAAGCAUGCAUCAUUAAGGAUCCACAAAAUGAUAUAACUCCAGAUGGAUUGGCUUCCAAUCCCUGGAGUUUGUGCACGGUCCAGCAAGUCGAAGAGCUGAAAGCACUGAUUAAGGUCAUGCCACUAUGGUCUACUGGGAUCAUGCUGUCGAUCAACGUAAGCCAAACCUCUUUCUCAUUGCUCCAAGCGAGCUCCAUGGACCGACACAUUACUUCAAGCUUCCAAAUCCCAGCAGGAUCUUUUGGUACGUUCACGAUCAUCACGCUCUCAAUAUGGGUCAUCCUUUAUGAUCGUGGUCUCCUUCCCUUAGCGUCAAAAGUCAAGGGAAAGCCAGUACGUCUUGGUGUGAAACUGCGGAUGGGAAUUGGGCUACUCUUAUCCUGUAUGGCCAUGGUUGUCUCAGCAAUAGUUGAGCACAUUCGAAGGAAAAGAGCUUUACAAGAAGGGUUGCGAGAAAAUCCACAUGCGGUGGUUGGAAUGUCUGCGAUGUGGCUCGUGCCACAGUAUUGUCUGAACGGGUUUGCCGAAGCUUUCACAGCAAUAGGCCAAACCGAGUUCUACUAUUCCGAAUUCCCUAGAUCCAUGUCUAGUAUUGCAGCUUCCUUGUUUGGGCUGGGGAUGGCCGUGGCAAACUUGUUAGCAAGUGCUAUAGUGAGCGCCGUGGACAGUCUCACAUCCGGAGCGACAAGAAAAAGCUGGGUAUCGAGUAAUAUAAACGAGGGUCGCUAUGACAAUUACUACUGGCUCCUCGCCAUCAUGAGUCUGGUGAAUAUAUUCUAUUUCCUGUUCUGUAGUUGGAUUUAUGGACCCUGCUCGGGUAGCGGCAUGAAUGUCCAGGAACAGGGGAUCGGCUCCGGGAAGGAACUAGAAGUGUGUAAAGUAGAGAAGAAGCUUAAGGAUGAGUUAGAUGAAAGAGAGGAAGGAAAGAAGGAUGCUGAUCUCACGAAAUAGGGGGACUGUGUCAUGCAGUUUGGAUCAAAAUAAUCAUUUUGCAAGGAUUGACAGUGUAGAAGUCACUAUCCAAAGACUCUGAAAAUAUGGAUCGUAUAGAGCUUGCAGUAUUUUUUGAAGACUCACAUAGAGUGAUGCGGCAGAAAGGAAUGAACUGCUACAAAUGCUACAAUCAAGAAAUCCAGGGUAGGGAUCUCUGGUGUAUAGGACUUAUGUGUGAUUUUUAAAGAUUGUAUUUUUGAGUGUAUCUAAGAUGAGUAUUUGGUGCUUUGACUUGUGCUGGGUGUUGACAAGCAAUGUAAGAUCCCAUUGUAAGUAAUUUUUCUGUGGCUAAGGCCGGAGUUACUGGCCAGGCCAUUUGCUGUUUUGGCAUUGAAAAUUAUAAGAUGAGGCUUUUAACA